UUUCACUUCAUUUAACACUUUUCAUAGAAGAUGGACUCCAACCAAAUGAGCUACAAUGCUGGACAAGCCAAGGGCCAAACUCAGGAAAAGGCUAGCAACAUGAUGGACCAGGCUGGCAAUGCUGCUCAGUCUGCUAAAGAAUCCAUGCAAGAGGCUGGCCAACAAAUGAAGGCUAAAGCACAAGGAGCUGCUGAUGCUGUGAAGAAUGCAACAGGGAUGAACAAAUGAAGCUAAAUGGAUCAUUGUGCUGAACUUGGUUUCCCUUGAAAUAAA